UGCACCAUCAACGAGCAUGGUCAACAUGGUGGCCGCCUUGACAAAACCGUGGAGAAAGUCAAAGCUAUUUAUAGUUCCUCACAUUUUAUUCGUAGUUGCUUCGUUGUUAUACUAACUGUAAAUAGAAGUCUCACCCCUUAAUGGAUUAUCUACUACAGCCGUGUGGAGGUGAAGCAGUAAGGAAGCCUCAAACGUACUAAGAUUUCAGAAACAACUUUGAACACUGCUUACUUGGCGAUCAAUCCCGAUCUUAACCAUGACAAAAGGCGGUGCAAACAAGAAACAAACGAAAGGACAACGUAGAGACGAUGUGGAAAGAAAACGAGAUGAUCGAGUGAGAAGAAACGCUCUAAAGAAGGAACGGAAAAUAAAGGAAUACCUCGCUGAUGAUGAAGAUUUUGUCAGCUUCUCGAAUCAACUUGCAGCAUUAAGUCUGAAGAUAAAGGACAUCCCAGGUGACGGAAAUUGCUUGUUUCGUGCUCUGGGGGAUCAAAUUGAAGGAGAUCACACAUCACAUUUGCGGCACAGAAGGGAAACAGUUAAAUACAUGAGAGAUCAUAGAAGUGACUUUGAACCUUUCAUGGAAGACAAUAUUUCAUUUGAUAAACAUUUACAGGAGCUAUCCAAACUAAGCACACAUGGAGGAAAUGACAGCAUUGUAGCAUUUGCACGCAACCAUGGAGUCAAUAUUGUAAUACAUCAGCUCAAUGAACCCAGAUGGGUGAUUUAUGGAGGAGAAUACAAGCAAAAAGGACAAGUUCGAGAGCUUCAUGUCUCUUACCACAAUGGCGAACACUAUUCAUCUGUGAGACAUAUAAGUGACAACAGUACUGAACCUGGCUGGAUAAAACACAAUGAUAGAGUAUCUGCAGCUUCAACGCCCACAAAAACACAAGUUGUUGCCACCAAAAAAGAGGGUAAACCUAAAGGUAAAGGGAAAAGAAAAGAUGAAACAUCAGCGUGUGGCAGCGACAAUAUGGAGUCUCUACAAGGAAGCGAAGAGCUGACAGCUGAAGAACUGGUCAUCACAGCCACAGGAUUUUUAAAGGACUUGGCCAUUAUAGCUCAAACCCUGGAGGAGAAUGCAUAUGAUGUUGAUGCUUCUAUUCAUUACAUUCUUCAGUUGAUAUGUAUUACUGAGGAGACAGGAUAUUUAUCUCAAGAGAGUUUUGCUGCAAGCAGUGAAUCAGUGAAUAAUCAUAAACAUGGAAUGAAAUGUACUUUGGCUGUGGAAGCAGAAACACAUACAACAAAAAAUGAUCACAGAAAUGAAAAUAUACAGGAAAAUGACAAAAACGAUCUUGGAGGUGAAACCCACAAUUAUUCCUCCAAGGAUGACACAAAAUUUUCAGAAAAAAGAACUACCAAUGAGACAGAAGCUUUUUCAAAUUCAUCAAGUGGCACCAAGAGCAAAACUGUACAAGACUCUAGUGAAUCCCUCUCUCAAAGAGAACAGAAAUCAACUAAGACAUAUGAACACCAUGGUGCAAGGCCCAAAGUUGUUGAGAAAUCAAAGAACCAGCGAGGAUCAACUAAUACACAUUUAAGUAACAAGAAAAGAAAGGAACUGGCUAAAAAGGAGAAAAAGAAAAGGAGAGAAGAAAAAAGGAAAGAUGAGUCAAACUCACAUCUUGAGUCUUCAGUUUCUCAGCUAGAAAAUUCCAGUACAGGGAUAGUGGCUGACUUAGGACUUCUUGCAAUAUAAAAAGUGACCAUCAUAGUUAUUUGCAAAAUACAAAAUAAAUAUUUGUUUAAAAAAUUGAA